UGUCGUUCUGCUCCAGAGCGGCAGAUGGCGGCACAUUUACAUCGGCAGGUACAAAAGUAACAAGCCAGAAGAGGAGAGUAAGUACAGUGACAAGCUAGAAAAGGUUAUCCCAUAGUGACCGCCUGUACGCCAUCAUGCAGAAUUUGGUGGUGCAGGUACUUGCCAUGAGGCAGCUAGGGAGGGUGAACCCCCGCCACUUGCUGGCUGCUGGGUAUGGACUGACAAAGACUGAAUGGUGUCCUAGGACCAUCCAUACACGCCAGCUGUGGGGCUGCUCGGCAUUCCCCGCACUUGGCUGUCAUAGGCUUGCUUUGCAUGGCAGAGACCCUGCCAGGAGUUGGUCUGUUCAUCAUCUGAGGUUCAAAAGCAGCAAAAAGAAAGGUGCUGCUAGGACAGCACAGGAGGAGGAGGAGGACGAUGAGGAUGAGAAAGACCCAGAGGAUAGUGAUUAUGAAGAUGACAUAGAUGAGGACCCAAAUCAACCGAAGGAAUACAAAGACAUGGAAAAAUAUGUGCAGUCUUUCCGGUAUGAUAUCAUCAUGAAAGCUGGCCUGGACAUGACACGCAAUAAAAUUGAAGAUGCCUUCUACGACAACAAGCUCAGGCUUAAUGGGCAGAAACUCAUCAAGAAAAGUAAAACGGUGAAAGUUGGGGACACCUUGGACGUGAUACUGUCGGAGAACCAAGAGGAAAACACUGUUAAUCUGAUGAGAGUCAUCAUCAGAAGGGUUUUUGGUGAACCCAGUAGAACAGAAAAGUACAAAGUUGCCAUAAGGCGAUGGAAAUCUAUAGAGCUUCCCAAGGAUGAAGCCUUUAAGUUAUGAACUUGAACAGGACACUGCUGACUGUAACACCAUUGGCCAGUAAAGUCAACACCGAGAAAUGCUAUCAAAUGACUUGCAAUUUGAUUGGUCUCCAACAACUUGGAUCAAGAAUCAAUUACAAAGGUAUAAUGUAAAGAUUCAGUUCUCAGUAGUUUUAGACAUUAAGCAAUUGGGAGAAGAUUUUGAAUGUUUACCUUUCCCAACUACAAUUUUCGACUCCCUCAAUAAACGUGCACUUCGAAGUUUUGAAAUUUGAAAA